GCUCGCGAGCGGUGUCCCCGGGAGCGCUGUCGCUGGGCGGGGCGCGGUGGUGACCCCGUCAGGGCGCGGUGGCCCCGGCGGCGGGCCGGGCUGCCUCCCGCAGCAUGGAGGACGACGCUCCGGUGAUCUACGGGCUGGAGUUCCAGGCACGUGCUCUAACACCUCAAACUGCAGAGACAGAUGCCAUUCGAUUUUUGGUUGGGACACAGUCUCUUAAAUAUGAUAACCAGAUUCACAUCAUAGAUUUCGACGAUGAAAAUAACAUUAUAAACAAAAAUGUUCUUCUCCAUCAAGUGGGUGAGAUCUGGCAUAUCAGUGCCAGCCCCGCGGAUAAAGGUGUGCUGGCGACCUGCUACAACAAGACUUCAGACAGCCGCGUGCUGGCGUGUGCAGCCGUGUGGCGGAUGCCCAAGGAGCUGGAAUCGGCACCCACGAGUCUCCCGACGACUCGGCGAGCCACCGCGCAGACCCUGGAGCUGCUCUGUCACCUCGACGACGGGGCCCACAGCAACGUGGCCUGCGUCACGUGGGAGCCGAUGGGAGACGGGAAGAAAGUCGUCUCGCUGGCCGACAACCACCUCCUGCUGUGGGACCUGCAGGAGAGCUCCAGCCGGGCCGCGUUGGCCGGCUCGGCUGCCCUGGAAGGGAAGGGGCAGCUGAAGUUCACCUCGGGGAGGUGGAGCCCGCACCACAACUGCACCCAGGUGGCCACCGCGAGUGACACCACCCUCCGAGGCUGGGACACCAGGAGCAUGAGCCAGAUAUACUGCAUAGAGAAUGCCCACGGACAGCUGGUGCGUGACCUCGACUUCAAUCCCAAUAAGCAGUACUACUUAGCCAGCUGCGGCGAUGACUGCAAGGUGAAGUUCUGGGACACCCGGAAUGUCACCGAGCCCGUGAAGACCCUCGAGGAGCACUCCCACUGGGUGUGGAGCGUCCGCUACAACCACUCCCAUGACCAGCUGGUCCUCACCGGCAGCAGCGACAGCCGAGUCAUCCUGUCCAACAUGGUGUCCAUCUCCUCCGAGCCCUUUGGCCACCUGGUGGAUGAUGAUGACACCAGCGACCCGGAGGAGCACCAGGCUGAUGAGAAACUUAAGGAGCCCCUGCGGGACAGCGUCAUCGCCACCUACGAGGAGCACGAGGACAGCGUGUACGCGGUGGACUGGUCCUCGGCCGACCCCUGGCUGUUCGCCUCCCUGAGUUACGAUGGCAGGCUGGUCAUCAACAGGGUUCCCCGGGCCCUGAAGUACCACAUCCUGCUUUAGCACACCCCGUGCUUCCUGACCGAGCUCCGAGACAGUCUCGAGAUGUGUGGCUUCUGGAGGGCAUUCUUUUGUCAAGCAGCCCCUGUCUGAGAGAACCAUCACUGCCCCCGACACGGGCACCGUGGACGGCCGCAGGCUUGGCCAACACCACGCCUGGCGGAGAGCAGCCCCGCGCUGGGCACGGCCACACCAGCCCGCCCACCACCGGCCCUGCGACUGUGCAGCGGCCACUUGGAGUUUCUGCGCCUGUCCUGGGGGUGUGGGGAGGUCCGCGCCACCAGAUGUUCCUGCUCCCCCCACACCACUCCUCGUUCUCCUGAGAUGGAAAACAA